CUCUACCACAUCUUCCUCUAUAUUCUCCACCGUUCUUUCUCUACUCUCCUCUCUCUCUCUCUCUGGACUUCAACUUCUGGAGAACUACUUAACAUAUAUAAGGUACUGCUCAUCACCACAACACUAACACAAUUGUCAAAAGGUGUGGGGGAAAGCACAAUCUGCACUUCUAUCUGAUCGAUCAGUCAUAUCUUUUCAAUCAAAUCAAACCCUCCUCUUACUCGUAUUUUUUUCUCUCUUUUUAAAAAGGAAAAAGAAAAAUAAAAAAGAGUCUAUGUCGAGCAUGUCCAUGUCGUCCUCCUCAGAUCCAGCUUAUCCACCGGACCACAUCUCAUCUUUAGACCAGCUCGGUUACGUCCAUUGCAGCUUCUGUGACACCGUCCUCGCUGUGAGUGUUCCUCCGAGUAGUUUGUUCAAGACGGUGACGGUGAGAUGCGGCCACUGUUCAAACCUUUUGUCGGUGACUGUGAACAUGCGAGCCCUUCUUCUUCCCCCCGUUUCCAAUCUUGGCCAUUCCUUUUUACCUCCUCCUCCUCCUUGCAAUCUCUUGGAGGAGAUGCGAAACGGAGGGCAGAAUAUAAACAUGAACAUGAUGAUGAGCCAUCAGGCAGCAGCUCACCACUCCAACGAGUCUUUGGUUAUGGCCACUCGCAACGGAAGAGUUGACCCGCAGGAAUUAAUGCCUCGGCCACCACCAGCCAACAGACCAGCCCCCGAGAAGCGACAAAGAGUACCAUCUGCUUACAACCGAUUUAUCAAGGAGGAGAUCCAACGUAUAAAGGCAGGCAACCCUGAUAUCAGCCACAGAGAGGCCUUCAGUGCUGCUGCCAAAAAUUGGGCUCAUUUCCCUCACAUCCACUUUGGUCUCAUGCCUGAUCAUCCUCCCACCAAGAAGGCUAACGUGCGCCAGCAGGAAGGAGAGGAUGUGAUGCUGGGAAGAGAAGGGUUCUACGGCUCAUCAGCUGCCAAUGUUGGUGUGACCCAUAACUAGCUAGCCAAGUUUUUUUUUUUUUUCCUUUUUUUUUUGUUUGGGGUUUAAUUAUGGUUUUUCAUCUCUGAUCACCUUCCCAAUUAAGAUCUUAAAUCUUUAGCUCAAAUUAUCUAUGAUGAUAAUCGAUCAGGAGAAUUUUCUUGUUAGAAAUUUCGGAACUAAUAUUGUACUCCUAACUUUCCCUUGGAAAGGUAACUUCUUCAAUUGCUUUAUAUUAAGCCGUGUGUAUCCAA